AUACCCAUAAUUCCAUUGAUCUGGUAGACACAUAUCGAGAGACUCAUCUCCCAAAACAAAACACACAAUGGCUUAUUCUCCUGCUUGUUUCUUUGACGUGUGGGCAUGGGUCGAAAACCUUCCACCAAUCACACAAUGGAGAAGUGACUCCAUUUCGACGCCCAUCUGCUCCUCCUUCACGUCCUCCUCUUCUUCUUCAUACCAACCUUCCCUCAAACUCUCCAUAACAAGAUCUCUACAUUCCUCAUCAAUCCGCUUAGCCAUUUUUGCAGAUUACAGUCUCCACGUUGUUCUAUGGACCUCAAACCCAAUACUAAUCACACCAAAAGUGACAAAAGGGUUACUGAACCAUGAAACCAUCUUUCAUCUACUGACUAACAUCGUCCAAUCUGUCCUAAACUACGGACAUACGAGACGACACACCUGGGCCCCACUUAGACUGCCCAGGCUAGACUACUAUGACGACUGCGACAACAUCAGAGACAUCUUUAACAUAUCAUUUCUGACUCUCUCUUUCGUCGUGUGCAUCUAUGAGUGCCCUCAAGACCUCCGGGCCACAUGCAUUCACACUCUCAAGGACCAGUUCGCGGGGCCUCGCUCGAGGGCUUCAUCGUUGCUGCUGAUGAGGCUGCUAGGGUCCGACAUCGAAGAGCAGUGGAUGCGCACUGUGAACCUCGCGAUCACAAACUGGAUCGUGGAGCUGGAGGCCAUGAAUCUGCAGGGGAGCAUAAGGACACCUUCCACGUUGUUCUCGUACUCGAAUUCGUCUUUUGGGCUUUGGAAAGUCCAGCUCUACUGUCCUGUCAUAGCCAUGGACGUCGAGAAAUCCAGCAGCCCUUCCCCUGAUGACCGCUUGCGCUUCUCCCUCAACUACCAUCAACUGGAGGGUGUGAUUCAAUUGAACUACAGGGUAUUAGUCCGAGAUAAUUGGAUUGAGGUACUGGUCAACACAGAUAAUAUAAGGUGUGAUGUGGUGAGAUUGGUGGAUGAAAGUCAAAUGAAGGGAAGAGGAGCAGGGGCAUGUGAAAAGCACUUCCCUUCAAGAAUCUCACUGAAGCUCACUCCAUCCCCGCAAAUCAACAUCCUAAGCGUGUCCGUGAGCAGAUCCUCGGAGAACCCGGCCCGAGAAAUAGGGACAGAAAGAACAGUGGAGGCGUCGUUCGAGCCUCCGAACCUGGGGCUGGGGCUCAAGGUCGGGGGCAGCGAGACGGCGGUGGCGAGCCUGAAGCCGUGGAAGUUCGAGCAGUCGGUGAAGGGAGACACGGCGUGCUUCAACUGGUUCCUACACGACAGCGGGGACGGGAGGGAAGUGUUCUCAUCCAAGCCUUCUAAGCUGGCGAUGAUGCACCCUAAGGCGUGGUUCAAGCACCGCUACUCCAACGUCUUCAGGCCCUUCACCCGGCAGGGAGGGGUCAUCUUUGCGGGGGAUGAGUAUGGCGAGAAAGUGGUCUGGAAAUUGGAGAAGACGAGCAGCAGCCCUGGGAUUAUGGACUGGGAACUCUCUGCAUGCAUUUGGCUAACUUAUUGGCCUAAUAAACAUAACACAUUUUACACUGACACUAGGAUGUGCGAGUUCAAACAGCUUCUCCAUCUUCCCUUGUCUAGCUGUAUUUAAGGAAGAAAAUGUUAUUGGUCUGAUAGUUGAUGGGAAUUGAUGAUAUCGAAGAGUUAGCAGCUACUAGUAUUUAUUUUUGCAUUACUUUCUCAUGUCAAGCAGUCGUUUCUAGGACACACAGCUAUAAUUGCAAUCUUUAUUCUCCGGUGUAGAUUAUGGGGUGUGUUUGGAUCUGAUUCUAAAACUGCUUCUGCUCCUUCAAGAAGCAGAAGUUAGAGUGUUUGGAUGAAAAUCUAAAAGUGAUUCUAGUGAUUCUGCUUCUACUUCAAAAAAGAAGCAGAAUCAGAAUCAGUUCCAAACACCCUAUAUGAUAUACUUCAACUAUGACUUAUUGAAAAUAGUUAGAUUUGUUUUUGUAAAAAAUUAAUAAAAUGUUAUUGGUAAGUGUAGCAGAGUUGUUUGCUUAAUGGGAGGAUGAUUUAUUUCCCUCAUACAAUUUUGAUAUGAUCUAUUUGUGUGAGCAAAUGUUGUAACAAGCCGUUGUUAAUUCGUGGGAUUGAUGUUUC